UGGCGUCUUCGCUGCUCGACGGGGGGAGUCCUCAGCCAUAGUGAUGGCUGCGUGCAGUGGGAAAGUGGAACAGCACACAGAGAGGCGAGGAGUCAUUUACAGCCCGUCGUGGCCACUCAACUAUCCAGCAGGGAUGAACUGCAGCUGGAACAUCCAAGGAGACAAAGGAGACGUCAUCACCAUCAGUUUCCGGAACUUCGACCUGGAGGAGUCUGGGAAGUGCGCGGGUGACUGGCUGCUGCUGGGGCCCACCUGGAGGGAGGAGUACCGCGUGUGCGGGUCGCUCAUCCCGCCUCCCUUCAUUUCCACCCGCGGCCACGUCUGGCUCCACUUCCACUCCGCCUCCGCCUCUUCCGGCCAGGCCCAGGGCUUCCGCCUCUCGUACAUCCGGGGUGAGUGCCGGGAGAUCCCCCAGACCCGUCCCCGCCUCUUCCGGUGGCUUUGCGAGGAAACGCGCCUGAGAUCUGGGCUGCGAACUGCAGAGAUCAUCCAGAGUCUUUUCAGCUUUUUGAGGCUUGGCGUGACGGCGGCAGAUUCAAAAGCUGCCGCCACCACAGCAGAGCUCAGCGAAGCUUUUGAAACCCAGAUGACCCGCCUGGAGGCGGAGUUUGUCAGGAGAGAGGCCCCGCCCUCAUACGGUCAGCUGAUCGCCCAAGGCCUGAUCCCGCCCGUGGAGGACUUCCCAGUCUAUAACCCAUCUCAGGCCUCGGUGCUCCAGAACAUCCGCACCGCCAUGCGCCGCCAGAUCCGCCGGCACUCCUCGCGCCGGGCUGCGUCCCGCCGGAGACUGGGGCGCAUCUGGAGCCGGCUGUUUCACCGCGGGACCAGGCUGCGCGGCCAGAUCCCGCUGCUCACCCCGCCCGGAGCCCCCCACCCGCCCCUGGGAGGCGGGGCGCACAGCUACCAGGCGGUGGCGGGGAGCGAGAGGCAGGCGCCUUCUCCCUGCAGCCCGCCGGCCUCGGAGGGGCCGACCGGGGGGCUCUCCCCGGCCUCGGAGGACCUGGAGGGGGGGGCCUGCAGCCGGUGCCGCGGCCCCGGCUCUCCCCCCGCCCCCGGCGAGGCCGAGCGAGGCCUCUGCCCGCGCAAGGUGUCCCGCAAGCUGGUCCAGGGGCUGGCGGCAAACCUGAGGGGCGUGUCGGUGCGGCACUACUCCAGCCUGGACCCCCCGCCGCCCGCUCAGCCGCGCGCAGAGCCCCCCCCGGCGGGGCCCUCGGGGUGCCGUUCUGUGGAGGUGCCAAUCCUGGAGGACGCCGGGGGGCUCGGGGGGGGCCGGCGGCCCAGCAGCGACGAGGACGACGACGAGUCUCUUCUCGUCUGCUGAAGGACCUCCCGUGCCCUCCGCCUUCGUCCUGCCCUCUGUCUCGGAGCCGGCGUGUGCUCCGUUCCUUUGUUUGUGGAUCUUUUUCUUUAGUGGGCAAAGACCCAGUUGUCGCUGAAUUACAGCGUUUCCAUGCUGCAGUCAUUCGGUGUAGAAGACGUAGGGGCCGCAGGAACACAUCACACAUGCUGGCUUGGCGUUUCCUGUUCUGCCGUUUCCUUGUUUUUGUCCAGCAGGGAGGUGAUCGGUGUUGGCUUGACCCGCUGCCUGUCCCUGCUGUAGCUGUAGGAUCAGUAGGUGUCCUGUGAUUGCACUGUCUAGCCUGUUACUUCCUAAUUUCCCGUCCUGCGAAUGACGUGGAUGCUGUUUCACUCUACACUGUAAUAUCCAGCCUCAAUGGACUCUGUUUUAAAAGCUGUUAAUGUGGAGCGGUCGGCGAGCUGGGCCACAAACGGCUUGCCCGGCCCGGCCCGGCCCGGCCCACAGGAGAUCACAGGCAGAUCCCUUUCCGCAAGUCAGCGUUCUGUCCCGAGAACACGGAGCUUCGUGAAUCACCUGCGGGAUAGAGGUCACUCGGAGCCGCUGUUCCUCCUGGGAACUGAAGCCCCAGCCGGUGAGCGGGGAGUUUACACUGCUGUCGGUGCAGCUGGAGAAAUGGAGCAGCGUUCAAGACCAGGCAAGCUGAGCACUUCAAAGCCCAUUGAAAUCUGGUUUCCUUUCUCAGGAAGACAAUACAGGUACAGUGAUUUACUUCAGUGAAGACCAGGUCGGUUGACUUCAUUUGACUUAGUUUUACCACUCUUCCUCCUUCUGACAGCACAUAGUCGAUCCCUUUUUUAAGAAACCAGAACCUCAGGGAGGGGGUUAUACAGAAACAAGACUAAAACAUAUUUUCGGCAAUGAUUGGAAGUCUUUUGUAACCCAAGGAAUUGAAAAAAGCUUGAAGCUUUGAAAGUAGAUCAUAAUGUUUUAAUGGACUGUAAUAGGAGGGGUUAGAAAAGGGUAAUUAGAUCAUAUUUUUCUACAUGUAAGAACUUGCUGUGAUUUUAGUUGCUAUUCCAGGCCUUACUAGAAGAGGUUAUCGGAAAUCCAGGGAUAUGACUUUCGUCUUGUCAUUGCUGUGACUCUUAGGCAAAAACGUCUUUACCCAUUUGGGAAACCUUUUCAUUUUUUUUUUAUUUGCUUUGUGUUACUUGCACUUGUGGGAACUAUGGUUGGUGUUGGCAGAUGUACCAAGACCUUGCUUUAUGUUACCAAAUGUUUAUGGCCUUUAAGCUAGGAGUAUGAGUUUUGGAUAGUGUCUGGGGAAAAAAAACUGAUUUUUCUUGCUUUUAAAACAACUGGAGAAAAAGAAAAUGCAUGGCCGCAGUUUGUUUCCUUGGUUCACUGUCUCAUAACUGCCUGCGUGCGGUUUCAGUCAUUGUCGUAUUGGUCCUGCUUAAGAGAAGAUGUUGACUCUGUCUGUAGCAAGCUGUGUCGUUUGGACAUCAUGGACAUGUUGCUGAGUGUACUGUAUGUAAAUAUUUUCACGGAUUCUUCUGUACAGAAUGAACACGUCUCAUGCUCACGUCCAGCAGACAGUGGAAUUACGAGGGUGAGGUGAUUUUAAAGACCGCCUCAGUGGUGGUUAUGGUGGCAGUAGCAUACCCAUAGUGCUACGCUACACCCCCCUGGGGGUGCGCCCCUUCACAGGAAACUUUCCAAUCUCCACGUCUAAGUGGGGGGAAAAUGACAUUUAUACCCUUACUUUCAGUUAUAACCUUUCUUCAUUAGUUCGCAUUUUUAAUUUGCACAUUCAAAAAAAACCAUCUCCGCAGACCGCAUGGCACAUCUGCUGGAGCGGCUCGUCCCUCUCCGCUCUGCAGUUCAUGUCGUGUGCCACGCAGGGGCCUGUGCUCCUUGCCAGUGUUGCCAGGGAUGAAGGUCUGGCUCAUGACUUGAUUAGUCUGAAAAUUACCAUCUGAUCUUCUGUUUCCAUGUUUUGAUAUUUUGGUGAAAUUUGUCGCAAUAACUGAAACAAAAGAGCAAUAACUGAAAUUAUUGCUCUUUUGUUCUUUGUGAGUGUUUGUGGGUAUUUGGUCUCCAGGAAGUCUGCCGGGGGAAGUAAAUUUGUGUGACACCACUGAAAAGCUGGGAAAAAGGAGCAUCUGUGUGUUACUUUUAUUGCUUCCCCAUGACAUUUCUUUCCAAUUCACCUGUGAAAUGCCUUCUGUAUUUCCUGGAGACUUUGGCAUUUCAAGACAAAACAUGCACAAUAACAUGGAAUCAUUAAGGACAUACACAACAGUAUGUAAGACAACUUAAAACAUUGUUUUAUUAUGGCAACCAUUUUCAUUUUGGUGCAAAACUAAAAAAUGUUUUUCAACCCAUUUCUUAUAUCUGUCCUCAAUUGCAGAGUAAUUCGAAUGCUAUACAGUUGUGUGUGUGGUGGGAGGGGUGAAAGGUGAUCUGUUAAAGGUUGUGGGGUGUAGUUGCUGAGAUGAGAUGAUUGAAGACAUAAAUGUUAGUCUCUUUUAUAACACCUCAUCUAACUUGUACUGUGGACAGUUACACCUAAUGCAAGUGCUGUCUUGUUUUGGGUGUCUUUUAUGGUGAAACAGUACCCCCUAGUGGUAAAGAUGAGCUCUGCUACUGUUCCAUAUAGCCUUGCCUGUCAUAGCCUAUGAAUUUGACAGAGCGGCUAUAGUUGUCCCUUUCCUUCAGUUUGACUCUUUUUGACUUCUGCCUUUGUUCACCAUUAACUCCUUGCCAUAAAAUAGUAAUAUUGGAUCUGAUGGAAGCCAUAUAGUAAUAGAGGCUCUGAGUUUCUCUGGAGUCCCUUUGUUCGACUAGAGCGAUGCGGGUUAUGAAAAGCCCUUCUGACAGGGGUUUUGGCCUUUGGAAUAAAAAUAGAUCAUUUUCAAGAACAGGCUUUUACAGUUUUUUUAUGUGUGUGUGCUAAAGCAGAGAAGUGCUUUUUGUCGUUCGCCCUCAUUAGCCAGUAACAACAGAAUGCACCUUCUCCAUUCCCCGAUGGAAAGGAUUGCAUUAUUUUUCAGUAAAGUUAACUUUUCUUUCCUAUUAGGUUAGAAUAUGACGAACAGAUCCUGUCCCAUUCAGCUCACAGGAAUAAACUGUGAAACUGUGAUGAUGUUUUACUCACACAACCACUCUCGUCCAGCUCUCUGGUUCUGGACAUGCUGUAGAAAGCCGAGUGAAAGAUAAGAGGGAGGAUCACUUGAUGGGAACUUGGAGGUUUUUGUGACUAUUCCUGGAGUGGAGGUGGAGGUGUUCUGGUAACCUGACAAAAAGAGAGUCUGUCUGCUAAUGUUGUGCAUGGUGGUGCUGGAUAUUAAUCAAAACAUCCGCUUUCACACAGUUUGAUCUUGAGAGGAUUUGGUGGGGAGCAGGGGAAAUGAAUACCUUUGUAAACAGACUAGGAGUAUCAGCUCAGGAUUUGUCUUCAUUUUUUGAUGCCUUUUCCUUUACAAUUGACCCAUUUUGCUGUUAAGGCUGGAAGGGCUGAAAAUCUGCAGACUGUGUGAGAGCACCCUGGUUAAAUGAAGUCAUGCGUAGUGUAAUGGGUGUUACCACCCUGGGGAACCAGCCUGGCUUUUUCGGGAUAACUUGUGAAUCCUCUCUUUUUAUAGGACUAGUGGCAGGCUCCUAGGCCAAUUGGAUUUCUAUAACUAAUUCCCUGCUCCCACCCAAAGCCUUAGAGGUUCUGUUUAAUGGAUAUCAGCACUAACAUGGCAGGGAAAUCAAGUGCAUAAGCAGUUUUGGAAAACAGGGGCUUCAUUCCAGUGCAACAGGUGGGUUACUGUAUCAGUGAAUGUGUGGGCAUAGCAUCUGGAUGUCAUGGGAGCUCAGUUUUGUUUCAUGAUAUAUUGUAACAUUUUGAGAUAUUUAGCUGCAUUGACAAACAAGUUGCCAUCUGAUAUAUCAUUUUUUACUGUAUUAUACAGUGCAUUUUCUCUUUAUGAAAGAGAAUGAGGUAUAAUUUAUCAGCUGUGCAUUAUGAGAUUCUUCUCAUUAGAUUUCUUUGUAUUUCUGCAGCUAGCAUCACUCAAAAAGUCCUCUUUCCUCUUGGUAAUAAUGUGCUGGCACUGUCAACGAGGGUUGUCAUGGCAACAUCUGCCAGUGUUGAAGUGAACUGUGUGCAGACCUUUAUGAUUGUCUUAAAGUGUCUCUUCUUGUGCCUGCAUUUAAUAAACCUUAGUUUCAUUAACA